AUUCGCUUGUCGACAAAUCCACAAAUUUUACUCGUGAUGGUAGUAAAGUAAAGCAGACAGUUGGUGUUUUCUUUAUUGUUUCAUUUUCAGUUCCAAGACAAGUCCGUAGUGGAAAAACUGUAAUCACUACGCGAAACGUAGCCGUGCAGUACUGUUCUAGCACUUGUGACGAAUCCCACAAAAGCUGGGCUUAUCAGUGCUACGUGUCGAUUGUUUUUAGUUUACUCUUGUGUUAUUAGGUUGGGGCUUAAGAUGUUGAAAGCGGUGAUCCUCAUUGGUGGUCCCGAAAAGGGAACCCGUUUUCGUCCACUCUCGCUAGAUACACCGAAACCGCUGUUUCCGGUUGCUGGGAAACCCAUCAUACAGCACCACGUAGAAUCGUGCGUUCGCAUCAAGGAGCUGAAGGAAAUUCUGAUUCUUGGUUUCUACCCGGCCACUCAGAUGCAACAGUUUGUGAGCAAUAUGCAGAAUCUGUACGACGUAAACAUUCGCUAUCUGCAGGAAUUUACGGCGCUCGGAACGGCCGGUGGAAUGUACCACUUUCGGGAUCAGAUUCGUUCGGGCAAUCCGAGUGCGUUCUUCGUACUGAAUGGAGACGUUUGUGCGGAUUUCCCCCUGCAGGAGCUCUACGAUUUUCAUCGCAGCAAGAAGGACAAGGUGCUCGUUUCGAUUAUGGGUACGGAAGCAACGCGUCAGCAAGCCGUACACUACGGUUGCUUGGUGCUGGGUAAAGACGAGGAAGUCACGCACUAUGUGGAGAAACCGCGGGCCUAUCUGUCGACGCUAAUUAACUGCGGCGUGUACGUGUGUUCGAUGGACAUUUUCUCCAAGAUGGGAGCGGUGUUUCACUCGAAGCAACAGGAUUACAGCAUGUGCAAUAAUGGUAACGGUAAAGAUAGCGGACACAUUCAGUGGGAACAGGAGAUUCUUACACCGUUGGCUGGCACGGGCAAACUGUACGCGUUGCCAGUGAACAACUGGUGGUCGCAGAUCAAAACGGCCGGUUCGGCCAUCUAUGCUAACCGCCACUACCUCGCACUGUACAAGCAAGCACACCCAGAUCGUUUGGCAAACGUUGGUGCGAAGACGGAGAAUGGUAAUGCAAAUCUGGUUUGCAAUAUUAUACCGGAUGUACACAUUCACCCGACGGCUUCGGUACAUCCUACGGCAACGCUCGGUCCUAAUGUGUCCAUCGGUCCGGGAGUAGUAAUUGGGCCGGGGGUUCGUGUACGUGAAUCAAUCGUCCUGGAGAAUGCGGUCAUCAAAGAUCAUUCAUUAGUACUGCACAGUAUCGUGGGUCGCGGCUCUCAGAUAGGCAUGUGGGCACGAGUGGAGGGCACUCCGAGUGAUCCCGAUCCGAACAAACCGUUUGCCAAAAUGGAGAAUCCACCUCUAUUCAAUACGGACGGUCGGCUAAACCCGUCCAUUACGAUACUGGGUUAUGCCGUCAGUGUGCCUUCGGAGAUGAUCGUACUGAACUCGAUCGUACUGCCGCACAAAGAGCUAAGUCGCAGUUUCAAAAACGAAAUCAUUCUCUAACGGGUGGCACACUACCUCAUGACGAAAGAAAGGAAAGGUUACCUGGAAUGUUACACACCGGUUUGGUAACAUCCGUGCCAUUCCGUUUUAAUUUAAUUGCGUUAUAUCAAAGAAGAAUAAUAAUUGGCACCAGAAUUAUC